GUCAUUCGGUAGCUGUCAUGCUGUCAUUCUCAUCUGUGAUCGGUCGACACUUUAGCGUAAAAAAUAUUGAAUUUUUCCACACUGAAAUCAAUUGAAUUCGGUGACGUACUGUGAAAUUGUGAGGAGAAAACCUUUCUGCAGUUUCGAGGACUCCAAUAUUUGGGAAGAUACUGGUGACGUGAUUCAAGAAGUUGAUGGUCGGACUUCAAAUCAGCAAUAAAUUAAGACAAAAAUGAAUAUACGGAUCUUAUGACGUAAUAGACGCUGUUCGUCUCCCACCGGCACAAGACUGACUCUGUGAUAAGCGCGCGCACCCGGACAAUAAGGCACACAUAUAUGGGGACGCCUGCACCUUUAUAGACGCACUAAUCUAAACUAGGGGUGGUCGAUGCCCCACGCGGCACCAGUCACCGCCAUGUCGGCCCCGCCGCGCCACCCCCACUUCUACACCGUCGAGGUCGGCGACACACGCUUCACCAUCCUCAAGCGCUACCAGAACCUCAAGCCCAUCGGCUCAGGCGCUCAGGGUAUCGUGUGUGCCGCAUACGACACAGUAACACAACAGAAUGUCGCGAUCAAGAAGCUAUCGCGGCCCUUCCAAAACGUCACGCACGCCAAGCGGGCCUACCGCGAGUUCAAACUCAUGAAACUUGUCAACCAUAAAAAUAUAAUCGGUCUCCUGAACGCGUUCACGCCGCAGCGCAGCCUGGAGGAGUUCCAGGACGUGUACCUGGUUAUGGAGCUGAUGGACGCCAACCUGUGCCAGGUCAUCCAGAUGGACCUGGACCACGAGCGCAUGAGCUACCUGCUCUACCAGAUGCUGUGCGGCAUCAAGCACUUGCAUCUCGCGGGGAUCAUACACAGGGACCUGAAGCCGUCCAACAUCGUGGUGAAGAGCGACUGCACUCUGAAGAUCUUGGACUUCGGGCUGGCGCGCACCGCUGGCACCACCUUCAUGAUGACGCCCUAUGUCGUCACGCGCUACUACCGCGCGCCAGAGGUGAUCCUGGGCAUGGGCUACACGGAGAACGUGGACAUCUGGUCAGUGGGCUGCAUCAUGGGCGAGAUGAUCCGCGGCGGCGUGCUGUUCCCCGGCACCGACCACAUCGACCAGUGGAACAAAAUCAUCGAGCAACUGGGCACGCCAUCGGCGGCGUUCAUGGCGCGCCUGCAGCCUACAGUCCGCAACUACGUGGAGAACCGGCCGCGCUACGCCGGCUACAGCUUCGAGCGGCUCUUCCCGGACAUACUGUUCCCUAGCGACAGCAGCGAGCACAACCGCCUCAAGGCGUCGCAAGCGCGUGAUCUUCUGUCCCGCAUGUUGGUGAUCGACCCCGAGCGCCGCAUCAGCGUGGACGAGGCGCUGCUCCACCCCUACAUCAACGUGUGGUACGACGAGGGCGAGGUCAACGCGCCUGCGCCGGCGUCUUACGACCACUCGGUGGACGAGCGCGAGCACACGGUGGAGCAAUGGAAGCAGCUCAUCUACCAGGAGGUGGUGGAGUACGCCGCGCCGCAGCCGCCGCCGCCGCCGCACCACCCGCCGCCCGACCACCCGCAGCCCGCGCUCACCACAUAGGUUUCAACCGAGCUGUCCGCCGAGAUAUAAGCAGCGCGCCGGACGCGCUCUCGAGCGGCGCUCACAUGACACGCCACGCGCGCCACGACACGCCACGUGGCAACACACGCGACGCGACACGCGCGCCAUACGACAGUGCAAACUAGGCGUUCGUUUUAUGUUUUGAAUUAGGGUUUCCAAUUAGACAUAGAUUACUGCAUUACGAUUUAUUGGUGGCACUGACAGUCUGUAAAAUGACGUAUAAUUUUAUUUGCCACGGGGAGUCAUCAAAAUGAAUCUUGGACAAUAAUGAUGAUAUUGGCCUAUAUGGUUGUGUUAAACAGUUUAAUAAUAACCAACCUUUCAGGUCAGAAAUCAUUUGCCAUGAUGGACAAUCAGGUUAACGUAACCGUGCAAAAUACUAACCAAAAAUGUUUUAUCAUAGAGUCAAAACACAUUUACACUUCAAGGGAGAGUAUCGACUCCGAUUCCUACUGGCCAAAAGUGACAAUUCAUCUCAUUCAGUGGGUUAGUUCCACAUUUGGCCGCUUCAAGACACCCUAAUCGUAAUGUAGUUGUCUAUGGUACAAAUGCAAAACUAUUCGAAAUAUAAAUACAACAGCCCAUAUAUGCCCUAAAUGGCUGGAGUCAUUCGAUCAUUUAGAUUCGUUAUUUGUCUUAUUUUUCCACGUAUAUUCUGGAUGAUUAUGUAUAUAUUUUGGGUGUAUAUGGGCGCGUUGGCUUUGACUCGCUCACUGUCCCGUGUGCAGACGGUGAAUGCGUCAGAGGUAAGCCAGUUCUGCUGCGAUCAACAAUAAAAAAACGGCAAUGGGAAUGUUACGUAUUCGGGCAAUGUCCAACUGACAAGGGGAUUAAGCGUAGGCCAAUCGUAACAAUAUGAAAACUUGAUUUUCAUAAAACGUCGUUCGCAGCCGACACGGCUAGAGGUAGCUAGCGCAGCCUGCGGUCCUUUCGGUAGUCCGUAGCCGGAGCGCCGGGCCGGGCCGGGUCGGAUCGGGUCGGUGGCGGGUCGGAUCGGGUCGGUGGCGGGUCGGAUCGGGUCGGCGGCGGGUCGGUUCCGGUUCCUGUCGGUUCGUUUUGCGUCAAGGAGUGCCUUCGCGAGCCGCGGUUCUGCCCGACGGACUGACUGUAAACGUGUGGGUAUUUUUGUAUCGAAAUGACUCGGAUCGAUUCCCCGAUUGAUCGCGCGAUAUUUUUUACCGUCGGACGUUUCGUUUUAUUUUGUAACGUGUAUUGAAUAUUAUACUGUAAUUAAUCGUAAUAAUGAAGUUGAGCUUAAUAAUCUGUGUUGUUGACAUGUGUAAUAUUAUUUCGAUUGUGCAAUCUUUAUUUCUGUUCAUAUUGUUGUAUUCGUAAUAGUAAGUAGGUCACUUUUGCAAAUGAUGAUCGUCGCGACUCGGUGCGCGCCAUUGAUCCGCGAGAUGUUUGAGUUUGUAAAACAAUUUGCAAUCGUGAGUCGAGAGCGUGAUUUUUUAAAUUGUAUUAUAAUUAUUUCUUAGCCAUACACAUCGUCGGAUUAGUUGGGAUUUUGUGAUGUUCAUAGUUUCUCGUAGGUAGUCCCUAGUUACGUUGUUGAUAAUAUUGUAUUGACUGUAUGAGAGUAGGUGUUUAAGUAAGUUUCUACCUAAUAGCAUAGGCGCCUCACACGUUGGCCGCCGGGAGGCGAAGCCCUACUGAGCGAAACGAUUUCUAUAUCGUCUGUAUCUCUUAAUCAUACCAGCUUACUGAGACAAGUGAAAGAUACGGUUACAGCCGAAUAUACGAAUCAUUUUGACGCGUAGAUUUACUGAAGUAUUCAUAAUGUUUAUACCGUAAUCCCAUGUGAUAAUAACACGUGUGCGUGUAUACCUAAGAGUACAAUCCAAAUCAACAGUAGAAACUCGUAUUUGACAGCUUUGGAAUCUUCCUACUAAGGAAAUAAGUCAAUAGCUGUCAAAGGGGAGUAUAGAUCUACUCGUAAACGGUUGAACGUGUUCACAGUGCAUCAGCGCAGCGGGUGUUUAGUACAAUAAAGUGCGCGUUACAAAGUUGUGAUUAUAACUCGAUAAUAACUUUAGUACUAAUGUAGCGACGUUAACGUUAUGGUCGGUCCAGCGACGCAUGCUCGGUUUUAUGUCGGUAGACAUGAAUGCGGUUCAGAUAUUUUUCUACCUGUCCCCAUUUUGUAAAGUCUAAAGUUUAUGACCUCAUAAACAAUGUCUUGAAUUCCUUAUGCAGGAAUAGCUGACAGACAGGUGUAUAAAUAUGCAUUAAAUUUGUAUCUGUAAAAUGACGUAAAAAUAAAAGAUUAGAUGCAUAUUUCUCUACGUAUUCAUAAAACCGAAGCUCGACGCUCGUUAGGACCGAUUGAACAUUCGGUUCCCCGUAACUUUAAAGCUUAACGUGUGAGGGAUGUCGUAGGUUAUCGUUUGAAACCUCACUAGGUGAUAUAUAAUUAUAAAUAUAAGUAUAAUAAAGAAUGGCGAUAGUCUUAUCGGAUGGUUUCAACAAAUAGCACAAUUUAUUAGCUAUAGAGUACCAGGACGACGACGCGAGCGAGUAUCGCAAAGUUUUGUACGAAAUUGAUAUCGUUACGAAAGCAAUAAAUACAUUAUAGUUCAAUUUUUUAUUCGUAUUCGUGAUUUGACGUUUGAAUCGUAGACACCUUACAAUAGGAAUCGUUGAAAGUGAUAGUUCAAAUGUCGAAUUACUGGUUCGAAUUGAAAAUCCGAAUUGACUUUCUUCUACAGCGGGCGGACGCCGCGGUCAAUUCGGCCCUAGCUCCUGGACUAUAACAUAUCACGUGACACGAUAGUUGGUUUUGAUAUUCCCCAACCUAGCGCCGCUCCGCCCGCUACUGUAAGGCGGUGUUGCUUUACUUUUGUUCCAUGGUGUAAGUGAAUAUACGGAUAUUUAAUAAAGAAAAAUACGUUAUAUAUUUACAAAAUGUGGCUGCUGGCUUUGCCCAGUGUACUUUUCGACCUCUAAACUAUAAAAUAAUGUUUCAUGUUGGUGUAUGAUAAUAAUGCUAAAAGAGAAUAGCGAAUCUUUGAGAGUAUACACUAUACAAUAAUAAUGAUAAUUAGGUGUAAGCGUACAAAAUUGUAAAUAUAAAUAAAGCCAUAGACUAAACGGAACGAAAGUGAAGAUGACAUGCGCAAUAUCCUUUCCUUUAUCACUAUAGUAAAUAAAUCACAACUGUACGUCCAAAUUGUCCAUUUAUAUGUUAAUGUACCUAAUACAAAUUACAAUAAUGUAAUCGUUAGACGUAUGUUAGAUCACUUGGUAUCGAGGGAUAAGGCGGCACGACGCGGCCGAGGGCGCAGCGGGAUUCUUACUUGAGUUACACUUCGAUGACUAUCUAAAAACUUAUUUUUACUGUACACGUAAGUUAUUUCAUAUUUUAACUGAAUAAAAUCGAAAUGGUUAUUAAA